AUGGCUGGAAAUAGUUGGUCCAAGGUCCCUCGAGAGAUCAGGGAUCAGAUCUACAUCAAUAUGGUCCAAGGGAAAAAGUACGUGCUUGUUGACGCUGAGGGUUCCCCUGACAAACCCCUGAGCGCCUUUUACUACCGCGAGCUCGACUAUUCUCCUCCAGCAUACGCCGGUCUGCUGCGAGCGUCUAAAACCAUCAGCAACGAAUUACAAGAGGUUCUUUAUAAGGAAUGCGUUUUCCGUGCCUACCUCUCCAAACACCGAUACCGCCUUGUGACACCCCCGGAACCCCGAGAAUUCGCCCGCAUCCAGAAAAUGGAAAUCGUUCUAGACAAUGCUAUUUACCUAGCGAACCCAAUUACUCUACCAGGAACAGAUGUACGAGGUUUCGAUUCGUAUUACGGGGAAUGGUUCGAGGCACUUGGGGGUUCUGGCGCCGACCACGAAUUUUGCCGGAUCAGGAUCAUAAACAUUGCUCCAGAAACAUUUUACCUCACGCCGGUCUGUAGACAGCUUCUGUAUGCACUCAAAUCCUUCACCGGCUUCGGCACAGUGAUUGUGGAGCUUGGAGACUUGCCAGAUUCCCAGGCCAUCCAGCUUCCGGCUUCCCAUGGAGCGAAUCCUCAGGUAAAGGAUGAACCACCUGAAGAGCCGAUGUAUGCAGGAGCAAGAUUCGAGGCUUUGAAGAGGACUAUAAAGAUCGAAUUGGAACCAUAUCUUGGGAACUGCAUCUACUACGACCGUGGUCUUCUACGUUGUGUGGAGUUCCGCCCUCGGACCGAUGAUCCGAUACCACCAGGCUGCGCCCCAUACAUCGAGGCGUGGGACGAGUGA